AUGAGAGUUAUUAUUCUUCUUUCGUUUCUUGUUCUGUUCUCGUUCGAGGAGGUUCUCUGGGACUGUGUUCCUGAUAUGAUGUGCAUAUUAGGUGGCUGGUGUACGGACAAAAACAGAUCAUGCUUGCACCCACCUGGAUUCGUAGAACCGAGCUGCUGCGAUAAAAACCCCGUCUGUCUGAGUGGUUGGAAAUCUGGAAUACAAGUUGAGAAUUCGGAAUAUAUCAAAUGUAACAUAGCCAACACAUCACUUGAAGACUGCUGUGAUAUUGUUCAUCCGAAAUCGUUGAUUGAUCACGAAAUGUUCAAUUAUACAAUCACCAAAAGAGCGUAUUCGGCAAUGAAGUUCAUCGACGACUUCGGAGUUCGCUUGUGCGAAUCAGACGCCGAUUGCGGCGAUUUCCACUGUUUGGACGAAGGAUUCUGUGGAAUUCAUGAGUUAUGCCAGAUUAACGCCGUCGUUCCCGCAAAGACGCCGAUCGUCCACUGCGCCGAGGACAUGGAUUGCGUACAUCUCAUGGAAGGCAUGGUCGGAACAGGCGGAUUCAUCCCGAAUGCCUACUGUAACCACACGGGAGACUUCUGCUGUUCUGGGCUAUUGGAAGUGUGUUUUGGGGGAAGUCUCGUCCGGCCUCUGCUGAAAUGCGAAACAGGCACGAUGGCCGGUUUCGAGACUUGCAAUCCGGAUUUGGGUAAUGGCAAACUCGACGGAUUUUGCACAGACAUAGGAGUGUGCUGCGAAGGGCCAUAUGAAGAGCCGGUUGUCUGCCCCGACGGCAUACACCCGCUUUUUAUCGAACCGGCUUGCCAGCGUGGAGAAAGCGGAUAUUUGGAGUGCCCGGAGAAUUUCGAGAACUGCACUUGCGUAAUGGGGUGGCCGUGUCCAUCAAUUGCCGCCAACUCAUUGUUGGUCAAUUUUGGGCGCCCGUUCGUUGGGCAGAUUGGGUGUGAUCCUUCGCGCCCAAUCUGCUCGCGGGCGGUAAACGGAUAUUGCCACCCCGAAACAAGGACCAUCGCAUUAUACGGGAGAUAUUUCCCGAGGUUCUUCGGGCUUUCUGAAAUCCGGAAAUGUCGGAUAAACAGCGAAUGCGAGCCAGACGAAGUUUGCAUCUAUUAUCUAGAAGAAGGACAAUGCGCAGCGUUCCCAAACCCAAAUUUCCUCGUAUAUGAGAAUGACGAAGAAGAGGAAGAAGAAGGUUGGGCAGAAAGAGCCGUGGAUUUGUACCGACAAACGGCUUACGGGAUAGCCAUUGUCUGGGUGUGCUUCCGAAUAUAUCGGUUCUUCGAAGUUCGAUACUUCCCAAACGCCUACGAUCAAAGAAUUGCGUUGGAGGAGGCGUACGAAGAGAUGAUGAUGAGGCGAAUGGAGGAGCGACACGAAGAAAUUCUGGAGAAUUGGCGUCGGGAGAAGUACGGCACACGGCACACGAAACAAACUUGCGAGUGCGUUACAUCGACCGAAACGCCGUCUUCUCUUUAUUCGUCGGAACUGAGUGAGGCUGAAAAGAGAAAGAAGUGGACGAAGACAUUCCGCAGAGGAAGAGGAAGACGUGUCAUGAGGCAAAGGAAAAGGAUUCAUCAAACACGAAGAAACAAGAAGCGUGCAAGAAUGGAGAAAACAAAUGAAGAGCAUAUGCCGCGAAGCACACAAGUCUUGUUGAAGGCUUUCGUAUACGGUGCCCCGUUAUUCCUUAUUAUUGUUAUUGGAUUUUUCUUCGUUCCCAACGUUGUUCUCAAUGCAAUCACUGCUGAAAUAGAUGAAUUGAUGAAGGAAGUCAAAGAAACUGGUCAAGAUGCAAUUUCGAGCGCUUCGAACGAUAAAGACGAGCUUCUCAAAGUGCUGGUCAAUGGGAAAGUAACCAUCGCGGAUUACGUGUCCCGCGAAGAAGCCAUGGUCAUCAUUCCAACACUUGUGAUGACGGCCCUGUUUUUACUCGGUAUUGUUUAUUAUUUGACCCGUCCUUUCACCUAA